CCCUUCACGGCCAUCACUUAUCAACUGUCCUUCAUCUUGCAUGGUUCAGUUGCAGUGCCAUCUUCAUCAUGUCUAGUGUGACCCCCGCUGCCUUGAGACAGGCAUCCCGAGCCUACGCUCGUCGACUCUCCGUGACCCAGCAUGGUGCCCUUUCGACUUUCCCGCGGCGAGCGCUCGCCACUCCGUCCCGCCGCACCUACGUCUCCGAAACCAAGGCUGGAAAUGCCCAGGUAUCGGUCGAUACCGCCAUCAAGCAGGAGCAGAAGGAGUUUAUGAAGAAGACCGGCGUGGCGCCCCAGAAGGUUGAGCUGCCCGGCUCUGGUGUCUCCGGCGAUGCGUCGAUGAGCCCGACGGCCGGCAUCCUGAAGCAGGCCACCGUCAUGGACCAAGGAACGCGACCCAUCUACCUCGAUAUGCAGGCCACGACGCCCACGGACCCGCGUGUCCUGGAUGCCAUGCUUCCCUACCUCACCGGCAUCUACGGCAACCCCCACUCGAGAACGCAUGCGUACGGCUGGGAGUCGGAGAAGGCGGUCGAGCAGGCGCGUGAGAACAUCGCCAAGCUGAUCGGAGCCGACCCCAAGGAGAUAAUCUUCACCAGUGGCGCGACCGAGAGUAACAACAUGAGCAUCAAGGGUGUGGCCCGAUUCUUCGGUCGCUCCGGCAAGAAGAAGCACAUCAUCACCACCCAGACGGAGCACAAGUGUGUGCUGGACAGCUGCCGACACCUUCAGGACGAGGGAUUCGACGUCACAUAUCUGCCUGUGCAGAACAACGGUUUGAUUCGCAUGGAGGACCUCGAGGCGGCCAUUCGCCCCGACACGGCCCUGGUUAGUAUCAUGGCCGUCAACAACGAGAUCGGUGUCAUCCAGCCCAUGGCCGAGAUCGGAAAGCUCUGCCGCUCCAAGAAGGUCUUCUUCCACACCGAUGGUGCUCAGGCCGUCGGCAAGAUCCCCUUGGACGUCAACAAGUUGAAUGUGGACUUGAUGUCGAUCUCCAGCCACAAGAUCUACGGCCCCAAGGGAAUUGGUGCCUGCUACGUGCGCCGCAGACCUAGGGUCCGUCUCGAGCCCAUCAUCUCUGGAGGUGGCCAGGAGCGUGGUCUGCGCAGUGGCACCAUCGCCCCUCAUCUCGUCGUCGGCUUCGGUGAGGCUUGUCGUCUCGCCAUUCAGGAUAUGGCGUAUGACAACAAGCACAUCGAGCGCCUGUCGAAGCGCCUGUCGGACGGUCUUUUGUCGAUGGAACACACCGCUCUUAACGGCGACCCCAAGCACCACUACCCCGGCUGCGUCAACAUCUCCUUUGCCUACAUCGAGGGAGAGUCCCUCCUCAUGGCUCUGAAGGAUAUUGCUCUGUCGUCCGGCAGUGCCUGCACGUCCGCCUCCCUGGAGCCGAGUUACGUUCUCCGUGCGCUGGGCAGCAGCGACGAGAGUGCUCACAGCAGUAUCCGAUUCGGAAUCGGUCGAUUCACCACGGACGAGGAAAUCGACUACGUCCUCAAGGCUGUGCAAGCCCGUGUGCAUUUCCUGCGCGAGCUGAGUCCCUUGUGGGAGUUGGUGCAGGAUGGUAUUGACCUCAACACGAUCGAGUGGAGCCAGCACUAAUUUUUUGAUUUGGUAUUUUUUACGGUUAUAUUUGUAAUUCAGCCAGACUGCCAAAAGCAAGGGAGUCGAUCGUUUGAGGGCGCAGUCAGUCUCAUUGCGUUUUUAUUUCGAGAUAUCUACGGGAUGGCGUUGGACGUGUAACAAUAAGCGGACGAAUCGUUAGUCUGUACAGAAUGAUAGGAAUAGAUUUCUCC